AUGCGCUCUGGCACCGCCAGAAAACGCCCUUCCGACGCCGACGAUCUCUGCCAAGCGAACCAGACGACGGCCCGGAAAAGGAUCAGCAGGGCCUGCGAUCGCUGCCGUGUCCAAAAAGCCAGGUGCGAUGGGGGCAAACCGUGCCUUCGCUGCGGAGACCAGAUCCCUUGUAUCUACCAGGAGAAGAAGCCUUUGCGCAGGAAGUAUCCCACCGGCUAUGUGGACAUGCUCGAGGAGCAUCAGAGCUACCUGAUCGCUGGCCUGCGGAGGCUGUACGACCGCAUCCAGGAGCAGCAGCGUCUGCCCGAGGUCGAGCACGACGCCAACGACCGCCCCAUCGUGCACGAACUCCUCGAUCGACUGGGGAUUUUCGAGGAGUCUGUCGACCAGCACAGGGAACGGAUCCAGCCCGAGCCCAGAGACUCGCCAUAUUCCAACCCCAAGACGCGGCGCGAGAUCGCGACCGCGCAGAGUAGCAGUGUCCCUGCCGCAACGACGGCGUGUGCGCGGCCACCGGACAAUCCGAUUCAGGAGUUUGAUCGCUCGCUCCACCUGAAUUCGCGGCGACAGUCUCUGACUCUCCCCAGUCGGGUUCCUCUGAAUCCGGGAGUGGUUCGUCCUCGCCGUCCGGGCUCGAGUCAUCACCCAGGCAGUCGGCGAGGAUUGACCCGCGACCAGCGACCCGUCGACCUCAGCAAUGGCUUCUAUCGGUGGUCCUUUGACAUUUCAGACUUUCUGGCGGUUGCCAAUCCGACCGGAUUCAGGUAG